AGUGUCAGAUAAUACAGAACCUACUUCGCCAAAAUGGAGAAAAUUGAGGUCAGUAUAAUUUCCAAACACACCAUCAAACCAUCAACUUCCUCUUCACCACUUCAGCCUUACAAGCUUACCCUGCUCGACCAGCUCACUCCUCCAUCGUAUGUCCCCAUGGUAUUCUUCUACCCCAUUACUGGCCCUGCAGUCUUCAAUCUUCAAACCCUAGCUGACUUAAGACAUGCCCUUUCCGAGACUCUCACUUUGUACUAUCCACUCUCUGGAAGGGUCAAAAACAACCUAUACAUCGAUGAUUUUGAAGAGGGUGUCCCAUACCUUGAGGCUCGAGUGAACUGUGACAUGAAUGAUUUUCUAAGGCUUCCGAAAAUCGAGUGCCUAAAUGAGUUUGUUCCAAUAAAACCAUUUAGUAUGGAAGCAAUAUCUGAUGAGCGUUACCCUUUGCUCGGAGUUCAAGUUAACAUUUUCAACUCCGGAAUAGCAAUCGGGGUCUCCGUCUCUCACAAGCUCAUCGAUGGAAGAACUUCAGACUGUUUUCUCAAGUCGUGGUGUGCUGUUUUUCGUGGUUCUCGUGACAAAAUCAUACAUCCUAAUCUCUCUCAAGCAGCAUUGCUUUUCCCACCAAGAGAUGACUUGCCUGAAAAGUAUGCCCGUCAGAUGGAAGGGUUAUGGUUUGUCGGAAAAAAAGUUGCUACAAGGAGAUUUGUAUUUGGUGCGAAAGCCAUAUCUGUAAUUCAAGAUGAAGCAAAGAGCGAGUCCGUGCCCAAGCCAUCACGAGUUCAGGCUGUCACUAGUUUUCUCUGGAAACAUCUAAUCGCUACUUCUCGAGCACUAACAUCAGGUACUACUUCAACAAGACUUUCUAUAGCAACCCAGGUAGUGAACAUAAGAUCACGGAGGAACAUGGAGACAGUGUGGGAUAAUGCCAUUGGAAACUUGAUAUGGUUCGCUCCGGCCAUACUAGAGCUAAGUCAUACAACACUAGAGAUCAGUGAUCUUAAGCUGUGUGACUUGGUUAACUUGCUCAAUGGAUCUGUCAAACAAUGUAACGGUGAUUACUUUGAGACUUUCAUGGGUAAAGAGGGAUAUGGAAGCAUGUGCGAGUAUCUAGAUUUUCAGAGGACUAUGAGUUCUAUGGAACCAGCACCAGAGAUUUAUUUAUUCACGAGCUGGACUAAUUUUUUCAACCAACUUGAUUUUGGAUGGGGGAGGACAUCAUGGAUUGGAGUUGCAGGAAAAAUUGAAUCUGCAUUUUGCAAUCUCAUAACAUUAGUUCCAACACCAUGCGAUACUGGAAUUGAAGCGUGGGUGAAUCUAGAAGAAGAAAAAAUGGCUAUGCUAGAACAAGAUCCCCAGUUUCUAGCACUAGCAUCUCCAAAGACGCUAAUUUCAAGAUAUUGAUUAAGGAAGAUUAUGCGGCUCGUGCAAUGUUUCCAUUUUGUUGUGAUUAAGGCUUAAAUUAGUUCACCAGCCAAUCAAUAAGAUGCAAGUAUGAUAGACUCGGUCUACGUAUGUUAUCCGAAUGUGUUUCCACAUGCUUGUAACCAAUAUAGCUCUUGUUUGUAACAAUGCUCUAUUAAGCUCUUCUAUCCAUAAAGUUAUUUCUCUAUUAAAAAGAAAACUAUACAAGUUUUGUUAAGUUUUUAAGGUAAGAUGCAUGUAGUACCCAAAAAGAUGGUUGACCUGUCAUUAUUUUCAAGUACAUGAUUAUCCGAUACAAU